AUGACUCUUCGAAUGAGAGAGUGCAAUCGAACGUACUACGGCGUGGUGGGCAAGACCUACGAACUGCAGGUGCACUGGCCGCUGCAGACCAAGCGAACACCGCCCUGCAACCUGACGCUAGUGGCUGCAGGUGGGCCGCACGGGGACCUCAUACAGCUGGCCUUCCAUAAGUUUUCUCUGGGCAAGUUCAACUCCAACACGGACCACGGGUGUCCUCAUGGCCACAUGCAGGUCAUAGAGAACCAGAGAAUAUACAGUGUUACCAGAGCCAUCACUUUCAUUAUAUAUGUUAAUCUGGCUGUGUCCAACAAUCUGCAUAUUUUGAAAUGCCAUUCUUUUAAAGAUGAUGAUGAUGAUGCUAAUCUUAAUUGCUAUCGCCUCCCUGACCGUGUCCUUGGCUUCCAGACCCGGCUUCUGGUGCGGCGAUGGCGUCGGCCUCGAGAUGUACUACUCGGAGACGCCGUCCGUGUCUGUGAUCAUCACCGGCUUCCCACCGACAACGACCUCACCGCCCUCGACGCCUUCUCCAGCUUCUACUUCAAGAUGUCCUACAAGUUCCUCCGCCGCGAGUCGGCCGUCGUGCGCUACGGGCUGCCCUCGGAGCCGAAAUACCUGGGCCUCCGCGACUCCACGACCGUCUGCAACGCGCUCUUCACCAACUGCGACCAGCGUCCGUGCUACGUCCAGUCGCCCAACUUCCCCGGCAUGUACCCCAGGAACACCACCUGCUACUACCACCUGAGUCAGACCCGCCUGAUGGAGGGCAAGCGCGCCGUGAUCGCCCUCAGCCAAGACGACGGCCGCCUCGUGCACGUCAAGAGCGCCGUGCAGUCCCACGACACCACGGAGCGCCACCUCAAGCUGUACGAGGAGUGCUAUUACGUCGGGGAUUACGUGCGGGUGUACGACGGGCCGUACACGACGUCUCCCGUGCUGAUCACCUUCUGCCGCGGCGCCAACGUGCCCGAGAUCGUGUCGUCGGGCCCGGACAUGCUCAUCGAGUUCACGACGUCGCCAUACGACUGCCCCCACCACGAGAUGCCUUGGACGCACGUCGCCGGCUUCGAGCUGAAGGCGCAGACGCGAUUCACGGCCGAGACGAACCUCGGCGAGGACUGCCGCAUGGAGGUCCGCAGCUCGGCCAACCGCACGGGCUGGCUGGAGGGCCUCGCCCACAGCGUGCCGCCCAACACCACCUGCGUGUGGCAGUUCCUGGGCGAGCCCGGCCAGAUCGUGUGGAUCACCUUCGCGCAAUACAAAACGCACACGCAAGUCAAGAAACUACAGACGAAAUACUGCUCAACCAAGCUGACCGUCAACGACGGCGUGUGGCCCGAAGGGGACGAGAUCGCCUGCCACUGCCACGACAACGAGCCCCGCACCUGCGACCGAGCGCGCCGCCUGCUCGACGACCCCAACGUCAGGCCCUGCGGCAGGAACGAGUCGUACAUCUCCUCCGGCAGGAACCUCAGCAUCUCGCAACUCUUUGGCGACGGAAGCGUGGUGACCAAAGUGACCUUCUUGCUGAGGUACGAGUUCGUGGACCAGAUCCAGGCGGGCGAGUGGGACGGCGACCCCUGCAGGCGCGUCAUCCGCAGCGACGGGGCUGCGCAGGGCGGCAACUUCACGCUCACGGCGCCGCACAACAUCUUCCUGUACGGCCGCGGAGGAAGCCCGACCCUGUCGUGCUCGUGGCGGCUGCUGGCGGCGGAGGACCAGGUGGUCCGCCUCACCAUCAACAGCAUCCGAACGGGGUUGUCCGAGUGCAGGACGCAAGUGAAUCGCCAGACGAAGGCGCUCAUGUGCGUGCCCCGCGGCCGCGCGCACAUGUCGCUGACGGUGUCGGAGUGGCCGUGGCCAGACAUCGAGCUGCCGCUGGCCUGCGUGUGCUCGCAGGACUCGAUCCCGAUCACGGAGGUGUCCCACGGGCCCGACCUCACGCUGAACCUCACCAUCACGGGCAUGCAGCCGCACGAGGACUUCCGCCACUACUACUUCAACGUCUCGUACGAGUUCGAGAAGGCGCCGGGGUGCGUGGGCUCGACGCGCAUGCUGUCGGGGCCCGCCGGGGAGAUCGUGGCCGCGUCGUCGCCGUCCUCCGAGAAGGCCAAGUGCGAGGGCUUCCCGUGGCUGCUCAAGACGCCGCCCAACCACGCCCUCUUCCUGACCCUGCCGCGGGGCGAGCCUCGACAACGGCACGUGCGCCUCCGACACGCGCCUCUUCUUCCACGUGCCCGGGCGCGCCGAGCCCGUGUACGGCGUGUGCCCGGCGGCGGACCCGGCGGCGGCCAUCACGUUCUUCUGGGCCGCCGCAGCAGCGAGCUGGACUUCCGGGAGUCGUACGGCGGCCGAGGGUCGUCCCUGGUGGUGGUGUGGGAGCCGCGCAGCGCGUCGCGGCUCAAGCUGCGCUGGCUCACCACGUGGAGUCCGGCCGACCUGGAGGGCUACGACUACGCCUACGCCACGGCGUCCCUGGAGGGGCGCAGCGGCUGGCGCGACCUCCCGCCGGAGCCGCCCUGCAAGGAGCUGUGUCCCGAGCUGGGUCCUGCGUGCAUCCCGGCGGAGCUUUGGUGCGACGGGAAGCAGCACUGCCCGCAAGAGACGAACGGGCCCGAUAUAACGAAGACCACAUAUAAUUACACCGUCCUAGAACGAGCAUAUCGCCGGGUCACGUUACAACCAUACGGCUCCAAUACCUCUUGUCGAACUAUGAGAAGCACGCCGGACUGCAGGACCCCCGAUAAGCAUAGUUUAACUGUUAACAUCGCAAUUAGCAGCCUGGCGGAGUGUCCUUCGGGAUAUUUGUCCGCUUGCUUUGGGUGCUGCAAAGGGAACGGAUGA